AUGAGUGAAUCUGAGGAAGGCAACCAAAGGCUACAAUCGUCAUUUGGUGCUUCAUCAUCAUCAGUCCCUAAACUGCAAUCGCAUAUUCCUUUCAAUCAUCCCGAUAUUCGUGCCCAAAUUACACAAUUUCCCCCAAGUAUUAACAUUGAAAACACCAUUAAAAGAGUGGGAAUACCUCAGUCUCAUCCACAAAUGCCUCCCCUUUCACCUUCCUCACAGAAUCUAACACUUGCUACUGGUUCUUCCCACUCAAGAACUUUAUCACAGCCCUCGUAUUUCUCACUUGACUCUUUACCCCCUUUGAGCCCUUAUCGGGACCCCACUUCUGCUCUCACAUCUGAUCAAAUGGCAGGCGAUCAUGAGAGCCUUCCACUUCCACCUCGUAAGACACACAGGAGAUCAAACAGUGAUAUUCCAUUCGGGUUUUCAACUAUCUUACAAUCAUCACCACCAUUGAUCCCAUCAUCAAGAGGUUUAAAGGGACUGGAAGUGAAACGUGAAUCAAACUGGGAGAGAAAUGGUAGUGAAAGCAAAGUUGGAGAGAAGAAUUCAGAAGGUGAAGUUGCAGAUGAUUUCUUUUCAACUUACAUGAACUUAAACAAUCUUGGUAGACUAAACUCGUUUAGAGGUGAAAACUGUGAAGAUUUGGAUAGUGGUACAAAAACUAAUGGAGGUGAUAACAGUGAUAAUGAAGCUACAAGCAGUACCAAUAUGCAGCAGAGGUUAGGAGUCAGUUUAGUUACUGAUAAAAAAGAAGGUGUUAAAAGGAGUGCAGGUGGAGAAGUUGCUCCAACUACAAGACACUAUAGAAGUGUCUCCAUGGAUAGCAUUAUGGGAAAGAUGAACUUUGCAGAUGAAUCAGUUAAGCUGUUGCCUUCUUCUGGAGGGCAAAUCGGUAAAUUAUCACCAAGUGAUUCUAUCAAUCCAAAUUCAGAAACUUUUAGGUUAGAGUUUGGAAAUGGUAUGUUUAGUGGCAGUGAGCUCAAGAAAAUCAUGACUAAUGAGAAUCUUGCAGAGAUUGCUUUGACUGAUCCAAAGAGAGUCAAAAGAAUUUUAGCAAACCGCCAGUCAGCUGCUCGAUCUAAAGAAAGAAAAACACGUUACAUCACAGAAUUGGAAAAUAAGGUUCAAACCUUGCAGACAGAAACAACAACGUUGUCUGCCCAGCUUACAUUAUUUCAGAGAGAUUCGGCGAGUUUGACAAGUCAAAAUAACGAGUUAAAGUUCCGUCUACAAGCAAUGGAACAGCAAGCCCACCUCCGGGACGCCUUAAAUGAGGCGUUGACUGCUGAAGUUCAACGUUUGAAGAUUAUGAGUAUGGAGCAAAGUGGAGAUGCUGCUAAGUUUUCUCAGCUAUCACUUGAUACUCGACUUUAUCAGUUACAUCAAGAUAAUUAGUUAACUUUAUAUUCAUCUCAAUAAUCAGUUUUCUUUGUAAAACUAAUGCCGGGUCCGGGUCCGGGUCUGGGUCUGGGUCCAGACCGUUAGGCUUCUAAUGAGGUGCAAAUUUUCAGAUGGGGACCAGUUGGAUUUUUUUAUUUAAGAUUCUUUUUUUGUUGUAAGUCUAUCUAUAGACAAUUUCAUUUGUUUUUUUUAAUAUAAUUAUUUACAUUGUUUGUAAAUUUAUAAAAAUAAAUAAAGAUGACG